UUCUGAUUCCAUUCUCACCACACAUUUCCCAAACACAAAUCGCCACCAUAAUUUGAAAUAGAAAAUAAAAACAACAACAACAAAUUAAGGGGAAAGUUCUCAGUAAUAACUAUCAAAACGAAUUCAAGAAUCAACUCAUAUAGCUUUUACUAGUUUUUUUUUUUUUUUUUUUUUUGUUUGAAAGCAAGCCAUGGCCUCCCACGCAGCUCUUGCUGCUUCUUCAAGAAUCCCAACCAACACAAGGCUUCCUUCCAACUCCAAGCCUUCUCACUCCUUCCCAACUCAAUGCUUCUCUAAGAAACUAGAAGUUGCUGAAUUCUCUGGUCUAAGAUCCAGUUCAUGCGUGACCUAUGCCAAGAAUGCCAGAGAGGCCUCCUUCUUCGAUGUCGUGGCUGCUCAACUUACCCCCAGAACUGCAGGAUCAGCCCCUGUUAAGGGAGAAACUGUGGCGAAAUUGAAGGUUGCAAUCAACGGAUUUGGACGCAUUGGCAGGAACUUCCUCCGGUGCUGGCACGGCAGGCAAAACUCACCACUCGACGUUAUCAUUGUCAACGACAGCGGUGGUGUCAAGAAUGCAUCACAUUUGCUGAAAUAUGACUCAAUGCUUGGAACCUUCAAAGCAGACGUGAAAAUUGUGGACGACACCACCAUCAGCGUUGAUGGCAAGCCCAUCAAGGUUGUCUCCAACAGAGACCCCCUAAAGCUUCCUUGGGCUGAGCUUGGCAUUGACAUUGUUAUUGAGGGUACCGGAGUCUUUGUCGACGGCCCUGGUGCCGGAAAACACAUUCAAGCUGGUGCGAAGAAAGUUAUCAUCACAGCUCCGGCCAAAGGUGCCGAAAUCCCAACUUAUGUUGUCGGUGUAAACGAACAAGAUUACCACCACGACGUUUCCAACAUUGUUAGCAAUGCAUCUUGCACCACAAACUGUUUGGCUCCUUUUGUGAAGGUCUUGGAUGAAGAAUUUGGCAUUGUCAAGGGAACCAUGACAACUACUCACUCCUACACAGGAGACCAGAGGCUGUUGGAUGCAUCACACAGGGACUUGAGGAGAGCAAGAGCUGCAGCACUCAACAUUGUGCCCACAAGCACUGGAGCAGCCAAGGCUGUGUCUCUAGUGCUUCCCCAACUUAAGGGCAAGCUCAACGGCAUCGCGCUCCGUGUACCAACACCAAACGUCUCGGUUGUGGACCUUGUCAUCAACGUUGAGAAGAAGGGCAUCACCGCGGAAGAUGUCAAUGCGGCCUUCAGAAAGGAGGCGGAGGGGCCAUUGAAGGGCAUCUUAGAUGUCUGCGAUGUCCCUCUUGUGUCGGUUGACUUCCGUUGCUCUGAUGUCUCUUCCACCAUUGACUCUUCCCUCACCAUGGUCAUGGGUGAUGACAUGGUCAAGGUCGUUGCCUGGUACGACAACGAGUGGGGAUAUAGCCAAAGGGUGGUAGAUUUGGCACACUUGGUGGCGAGCAAGUGGCCGGGAUCAGGGACGGGAGGAAGCGGGGACCCAUUAGAGGAUUUCUGCAAGACCAACCCUGCUGAUGAGGAGUGCAAGGUCUAUGACGCUUAAACCACCUCUUUUUUGGGCUAAUUCUCUUCUUGUAUUGUCUAUUUGUAUAGGGGCCAACUCAACUCAACUUUUCUUUCCCUUUUUUAGUUUGUUUCUUCUCGGACAUUCAAAGCUUACCCCUUUUGUAAUGGAAUAUCCAUCCAAGAGAAGGACUAAAUUUACCAUUUACUAGUUUCACAUAUAAAUUUGAGAGGUUUCCGCGUCAUUUGUAAUGGUCAUUUGAGAUAAUGUGUCGUCACUGGAAUUAUAUGACACGAGGAUUUAUUUCAUGCAAUUUUCAUGGUUUGA